UGCAAUGUAAACGUAAGGAGUGACGUUAUAACCAUAGGCAGCAGCUAAAUUCACCCCCAAGAAAAAGAAAGGUGUCUUACGCGUGUCUGAAACCUUAAAGCAGCAAAGUCCCAGUAUCUGAGAUUAAAGGAAAAGCAUGGCUUCUGCAUCAGAGAUUGCAGCCAAGUUGGAUCUGGUGCCCAACCCUGAAGGUGGUCUCUAUACCGAAACUUUCAGAGAUACCUCCAUCUUCCUCUCCAAAUCUCAACUUCCUCCUCACUACAAAGUUGAUCGUCCUGUUAGCACAUGUAUUUACUUCAUGCUACAAUCCGGGAAUGUGUCUCGCCUUCAUCGAAUACCAUGUGCUGAGACCUGGCAUUUUUAUUUAGGAGAACCUCUUACGAUUGUAGAGCUGGAUGAGAAAGAUGAGAAGCUGAAACUAACAUGUCUCGGACCUGACCUGGGAGAUAAUCAGCAGGUGCAAUAUACGGUACCUCCAUAUGUUUGGUUUGGUGCAUUUCCAACCAAGGAUUUUCAUAUUUCCAGUGACGGCAGAGCGGCCAAAGCUGAACCAAGGGAUGCUGAGUGUCACUAUUCCCUCGUUGGAUGCACCUGCGCACCUGCCUUUCAAUUUCAAGACUUUGAGCUCGGAAAACAUUCCGAGCUUGUUUCCACCUUUCCGAAUUAUGAGCCUAUCAUUUCUUUUCUCACCAAUACUGAUUGACUUGCCAUCUGAUUUCUCCUGUUCUCAGCUCAUUGGUGCCAAGAAGUUUUCAUGUUUUUGAUCCCUAGAUUGCUACUUCUGUAAUUUACAGUUUUUCCACAGCUGAAAAAAGCGUUAAGCUUUGUAUCAAAUGCUGUUUUCCAUGCACCAAGAUAUUGUUCGAUAAAUUCGUGCUGUGAAAAAAUUGCUAAUGAUCUAUUAUCGAGCAGCAAAACUAAUAAGGCAAGUUAAGAGUAAGAGAAAUUGAAGAAACUUCUGCAUCAAAUGAUCAUCAAACAUAGCUAAAAGGGGUACAUAUAAAAUGAAAGUGAAACUGCCAUUAGAAAACGUGGCACAAAGCAACAAACCAUGGAAACUUCGAGCAACUUCCAAACAAAUGAACUGUAGAAGCCUAGGAAGGAAGUAAAGAGAAACUAAACCAAAGGGAGCAAAGACAGUUUUGGGUAUAAACAUCCAAUGUUCAAUAUCCUUUAACUGAUUGGAGAACCUAAUGUAGCUAGCUAAUGCAUUUAAGGGUUACUGCCUGUUCUAUGGAGGUAUCCGGAAAUCAUCUUCAUUGCUACUUAAGAAUGUAAAAGAAUAAACUUCCUCUCCUCAACCUCUUAGCAGAGACGCUCUUCCGAAGUGAUUAAGUUUCCUCCUUAUUCCA